CUACAAGUAUUAUAAUCUCAUGUCUUUAUUAUGAUAUAGAUACUAUGAGAUGGUGUUUGGCUGUUGAACAUUACUAGCACUUCCUGGUGUACUACAUAAAAACCAUACAAUUAUCAUCCAGUCUUUUAUGGGAUUGCCAGCACCCUCUCUCUCCAGAGACUUUGCCUCCUUGAACUGUUUUCACUGUGUUUGUUUAUGAAGUGAAGGAUUUGAUGCCAGCACUGAGUGUUCUAAGGCUUUGCUUAUUUGACUAUUUUAUACAUGGCAAAGACUGGAUGAGUCAGUAACCGCAUUCUUAUUUCUUAGUGGUACUCUGUUUCACAAUGCAUUCCUUGGAUACUGGAUUAUCUUUAUAAGGGGUUAUAUGAUUUGCAGCACUUUUGUACCAUUGCUGUUAACUCCAAAUAGUGUUUUACUGACAGCACUCUGGCUACCUGGACAUCAGCUCUGACUUUUGGACCGUCACUGAUACGGUACUGCUAUGAACAGUAAUCAAAAUCCCUGCUGUGGGCAGAUGGAGGAAUCAGUAAGUGUGCUUAAAGUUGCCCUGUAUCAUCCAGACCACAACUGUGGCAUCUUCCAAGGGAUUCCUGAUCAGAUAAAAUGCACUAUGGAUAAUCUAUAUAUUGGAAGAGGACCUCAAUGCAAUGUGACACUUAAGCAUCAACAGGUAUCCCGCUGCCACCUACAGCUGGAGCCAUAUAUGAGAAAACAAGUUCCUUAUCUGCAGUUCUCCCUAAAAAACCUUAGCAACAAACACUCAGUGACUGUAAAUGGACUGCAACUCCAAUACCUGCAACAGAUUACUCUGACAUCAUCCAACAGGAUCAUAUUUUGUGGCAUUCAGAUGGUAAUUGAGUUGGACUUUGGGAUGUCCACUGCUAAUUUUUUGUGUUGUUUCACUUUCAGUGAGUCUCCUCUAAUUCAGAACUACAAACCAGAGGAGUCUGAUGAGCAUGAAACAAUAGCAGUUCAUCAACAGCUUACAAAAAAUCAAAUAGCAAACACAUUUUAAAAGACAUUUUACUGAAGCAUGAUUGUAUUACUAUACUGAUUAUUCCUUGCGUGAAAUAAAAUGGUUGCUUUAAUUCCACGAAAAUAGUUAUGUAACCAUUCAAGUUAAAAAUUUUUCUUCAUGUUAGCUUUCUUUCAUUUUCAGCUGCUUAUCUGCUAUGGGUAUUCCUCAAAAUGCCUGAUGAAAUCUAGAUAUAUAUGUGUGUAUAUAUAUAUAUAUAUAUAUAUAUAUAUAUAUAUAUAUAUAUAUAUAUAU